AUACCAUUGGCCUGUCUCUACCAGGCUCGCUGUCAUUCUUGUCUAUUUCCAGUAAUGAGUCACUGAGCAGCGGCGACUACGAGCAACAUUUUUUGCCGACUUACUCAGCAUACUCAAGAUGGCAGGAGAGAGUGUGCCCGAGGGUCCCGACCUGAAGGAGAUGGGCGAAGAGGAACUGUGGGAACUCAUCAAUGACAAUCGCCAUCGGCUGUCCUUGGGGGUGCGACCAUGCAUCGUGAUUCCAUACCUCAGGCAGGCCAGGGUGCUCACCGAGAUGGAUGAGGAUGAGAUCCUCUCCAGCCACAACCUCACCAAUCGAUCAAUGAGAACAAGCCAUAUGAUGGAUCUGCUGCGGACCCAAGGCAGGAACGGUGCAGUGGCUUUGCUGGAAAGCCUGAUGAUCCACUACCCGACCCUCUACACUCAAGUUACUGGACGCAAACCCAGCUCAGAACCUUCAAGAUUCAGCGGCCUGAUAAAGUAUUCUGAACUGACAGAGUACCUUAUCAGAGCAGUAACCGGGAUGCAGAAUGAGCUUCGAGAGGCUCGUUGCGAGGCUGGAAAAAUGAGUGCUCGGUGUGCCUCUCUGGAGGCUGAGAUUCAACAAAUAAUGGAGCACGAGGAAAAGUCCAGAUGCCUUCAGUUGGAAUAUGAGCGCGUACACAGACAUUUGUCUUCACUGCAACGUGAAGUUACCCAAUUGAAGGACGAGAAGUGCGACUUGUAUGUGCGCUACACUGCAGCCAUUGAGGAGAAAUCAGCUGUGAGCAUGCGCCUCCAUGAUCUCAACUUACAGAUCUACCAACUGCAAACAGAACUGCAAAAGGCCCAAACAGAGAGUGACUUCCAGAAACGGCGUUCUCUGAGAUGCGACUCUUUAGCUGAGGCGUCUCUGCUGCAAGAGGAAGUCAGGAGUCUGCGCUGCCAGUUAGUCAAGAUAGAGAAACUAAACCCAGCGCAUCAGGAUAUUCUGGCUCAGGACCUGGCUGAGGCUAUAGAUAGCCAAGUGGAACUCGCAGGUCAGCUCAAGUGUUAUAGAGAAGAAAAUGAACAGAUGCACAGAGAGAAAAAAGAGCUUUUGGAUCAGAACGAAUGCCUGACCCUUCAAGUGAAGCAGCUGACCCUGGAUUGUAACAUGUACCAACAAAAGAGCACCGUCAUCCAGAAUCAGAUGAGAGAGCUGCAGACAGAGAGAGACCAAGCAUACCUUUCCAGAAAUGAGGCCCAGACCCAGAUCGCCUGCAUCCUGGCUGAGAAAGACGUCCUGAGGUCUCAAAUGAUGGAGCUCCAGGAGAGAGCCUUUAGUGUGAAUGCCGAACACAGCAAAGAAUGGCAGAGCACUAAAGAGAGGGGGGUUGGCUGGGAGUGUCAACUAUCCAGUUCUGAAGAUUCACCAUUUCCAAACAGGCGCAGACUUUGCCGCAUGGAUGCAAUUUAUCCCUUUUCACUGAAUUCCUUUUCCUCAGAGUGCAAAGAGCCAUUGACAAGUAGCGUCCGGUCCAGAAACGUAGAGCCUCCAAGUCCGCAGUCUCUCCGCAGAAGAGAGGUAGCUCUUUACGAAGACAGCAGCGUGGAAACAGCGGAGACCGAUGAUUCUUCAUUGGACGACUUUGAGAUCCUCCCAAGUGUGUUGAGCGAAGACAAACCCCCAUCAAGACUUUAUGCUGCAGGUGGGACCAAAACCACAUACAGCCUGGAUAAGAAUGCCGUACCUCCAUUCCUCGUGCGUUCACGUGCGAAAGCAUUGCGCAUUAUUGGCCGCAUAGUCACCAUUGCCUUCCAGGGGGAGACACUGCUAAAUCAGAUUGCGGUGGUAGGGGGUAAUAAGACCGGAGUCUUUGUGCAUGAAGUAACAGAAGGGAGUGCUGCACAUACUGUGGGUAUCACCCAGGGAGCACAAAUCGUGGAGGUCAGAUACAAACAGGAUGAAAAAGCUCUCAAGAUGGUGCUGGAAGAUUCCACUUUAGAAGAAGCUCUGUGGGCACUUGGCCAGGUCACUGGUCCCUGCCAUCUGUCUUUGCGUCCCAGGCCAGAUGACUAUGAGGCCUUGCUUCAGCAAUUGCAGGAGAGUGAGAUGUCAUCGGGUGACUCUUUCUACGUGCGUGUCAACGUGACCAUCCCAGCGGGACCCAAAGGGACACUGACUGUGUCCUGCAAUGACAUUUUACAUGUGACCAACACACGCCCGGCUGACACCCAAGACUCGUGGUACGUCAGUAAAGUUCAUCCGUGCCAGCUUCUGGCCCUCCACAGUGGAUUAGUACCAAACUACUACAGAGCACAGCGACUUCUCAUUCGGGCUAUUGAAGAAAUGAACUUUCAAACGUCAAAGUCUCAAAAGCAAGCGCACAUGAUGGCUGAGAACACUCAGAAAGCAGUGAGGAUUGUCAGUACAGGUCGCCAGGGCCGAAACCCUCUCUGGGUCAGCGUAGAGAAUGAAAAGAGCAAGAGCACAGAAUCGGAUGAAACAUCGCCACCCAGAAGUUGUCUAACUCUCAUGCCCUAUACACCGGUCACACCCCACUUCCCACCCAUCUGUCGACCAGUCCUGUUACUGCCAUCCAUCCUGGGACGCAUCCUGGAUAAGAAGGUGGCAGCAUGGCAGGGCUUUGAGCUCUGUGAACCUGAGAUGUUGUGCUCCAGUGAUCAUGCAGUCCGAUUGCAGAAGUCUGAACUCCUGGAGGAAUGUGAGGUGGGAAGAAACUUCUGCUACACUGUGCAGAGUGUGGAAAAAGUCAUGAAAAAGGGUAUUCAUUGUGUAUUACCGCUUGGGCUGGACUGUGUACGUCGUCUGCACAGAGCAGAGAUCUUUCCGAUUAUCAUCUUCGUCGGGCAGUCUGCGCGCAGUGCACGCAAACUCAGGUCAAAGCUUCACCGUCUCAACUGGUCUGAGGAGCAUCUGCUGGAGUGUUCCCGAAGCGAGGAGACACUGUUGGACAAACUGCCAUGUUUGUAUCACCGCGUGGCUCCUGACUCGUGGUGUGAUCAAACCUCAUUACUGACCAGGUUGCGCACCGUCAUCUGGGAGGAGCAGAGGAAGAUUGUGUGGGUUGAGCCUGACCUGUGGUGAAAAGAAGAAAAAAAAACAAGUGACAGUAAAAGGAUGGUACAUUUUUAUUGAAUUCAUUGACAUUUAAAUCUGUACUUGAUUUGUAUUUGACAUGAGUAUGUACGUGUAUCUAUGAUCACACAACAAUUUUGGUGUGGUUUUCAAAUGAACACCAGAGGUUGUUUGGUUCCCAUUUUAUUUCCCGACCGACCAACUUAAUGAUUUACAGCUCAUCUGGGCAAAGUCGGGCUCGACAACAGGCCGCAUCCAGCCCAUACGCAGUCUCUGCCGCCUUUGAAGUCAAACACCUUUGAAGCAGUGCAACACACAAAAGCAGCAUAUUCAGUGUUCGAUCAUGGCACGGCAUUCAGUGACUUUUCCAACCAUUCUAAUACAAAAAAAAAAAAAGAAUAAAGUCCACACCAACCAUGGAGCUCAUACUAGCAACUAUCUUACUUCCUGCAAAAUGGAGGGAAGAAAGGAAUUUGCUUGUAAUAUUUUAAUGUUUACUUGUCAUGAUUUGUGCAUCCUACAAAACACUUAUUUGUGGUUUGCACUCAUAAUGUCAGCACACAUAUUCAUAUACAAAAAUAUGAGGACUUUUUUUUUGUGAAUGUUGAUUAAAUAACAAUUUAAUCUUAGGUGUUUUGGUAUCCCAUUUUAAUGUGACUGAUACUUUUUUUCACCAGUUUUUAAUUUUUAUUUGCCACCGAGAACAACAUAUACAAAGGCUAUGCAAAUGUUUCAUAAAAAGACAUUAAAGUCAUCAUUAACACAA